UUUAACUGGUUGUUUGCUCAAUGCUGCAAUCUUCCAUUCACAAUUGUUCUUGAUGAAAUCCAUUCAGACGUCCGUAGUUCAGAUCCCUUCAAGAGAACUAGAGUAAGUACUUUCAAUAUUGGCCAGCGUUGCUUCUCGACCUUGCGGCCACCCUGGUCCCACACCACGAGAAGUGAGAAAGUCUGGCAGUUAAAAAACCAAGCUUGUUUUGCAAACACAUGGUCAUCUAGAAUACAGAAACAUUGAAAAUGGCUCUCAUACAGGUCUCGAACAUUAAGAUCACGAACAGCCAGCGUUCCUUUGAGUAAAACUGGACAAUUUCGUGCUACGUCACAAGUAACUCUAUGAAAGAUGGAUAAUAUUCAUGCUGUUCUUAGCGACGAAAAUGUCACUUGUGUAAACAGAAAAAAUUAUUAAGGACGGGCCUUGAGAAGAAGGCCAGGUUGGCUCUACAUGAAUGUGAGCAUGCAAGCUUCAGGGGGUUUCGGUAUGAGCAUGGAACGGUUCAAAAUAGGACGAUGAGCCGGCAGAAUACAGUGAGUAAGCUUCGUCGUCCAGCCAGAUGCUCCACAGCGGGAAGCUUGACAUUGGCGAGAACCGUAUGGAGUAAUCACGCAGUAUAUUCUACGCUUGAGCCGUCAAAAAUGAAUGACGAUGAGAAGAGCGUCGGUCAUGAUCGGCAUGCAAUGCUCGAUGCUCGAUGCAACCGUACGUCUAGAGGGACAACGCUGAUGAUUGGCCAUGGCGUGGAUCAACCAUGUGAAGCAGAGCCUCACAACUCUGUUUUCGGCAUGCUGCUGGGGUCAGCAGUCAAGAGCAAGUGGGUCUGAAGAGAGACUGGAAGCUCUAGCUCUCGAGACAAAAUCUGCAAGGUACCCGCCCAAACCCAAGAGACACA